AUGGAGAGGAUUUCCCGGGAAGGUGACAAAGGAAAUAAGAGGUUUGUGUUGGCGGAAGGGGAUGCCACAUGCCCAAGGUUCUGCCUACACGAUAACAUGAUAAGGCUUGUCAUGAUUCUCCAAAAAAAUUGUGGUGUUGACUGUGACUGUGACUGUUCCAAGAAGUUGGCAAUUGGAGAAUGCAGAUGA